CUUUACCGAAGUGUUGGUUCUGAGGUUGUCGCAAUCCUUGCAAGCAAGGGCAAGUGCGAGCGGGCAUCCAUUAACGAAGUUUAUCUUGGCCUUACUGAUGCAGCAAAGGAAAUGCUCUUACAAGCUCCACCUGAUUGGUCGGAACAGAUUUUUGUGGAGGCCGCAAAGUGGGCCUUCCUUCUUGACAAGGAAAAUAAUGUGAGGGCAUGGCUUUGUCGAGCGGACGCUGAUUACCAGGAUAAGUUACUGGCAUGUGGAGCUAUAAUUGUUGUGCAGUUACGAGUCAGAGUUCUGGAAGAAACCCAAUUCACAUACUCUGCUGGUAUUGCUCUCAAUAAGAUGUUAGGUAAACUUGUCAGCGGAAUGCACAAGCCUGCUCAACAAACAGUUGUCCCUUCGUCAUCACUUCAGGACUUUCUAGCAUCACUGCCUGUGAAGAAGAUGAAGCAGCUUGGUGGUAAGCUUGGAAGUUCCUUGCAGGAUGAUCUUGGGGUUGAGGCUAUUGGUGAUAUUCUAAGUUUCAUAGAGGAAAAGUUACAAGAACACCAUGGAGUAAAUACAGGAACAUGGUUAUGGAAGAUUGCAAGGGGUAUUAGUGGAGAAGAAGUUGAGGGUCUUCUACCGAAGAGUCAUGGCUGUGGAAAGACCUUUUUUGGACCAAAAGCACUGAGGAAUAACGUUUCUGUAAAUAAGUUAAGCUAGUUAGCUCGAUACUAUUCCAAUUCGCAUUGAGAUUAGUGACCCAUGAUUAAAGAAAGUUUUUCGUCUUACAGGUAGACAAAACCAAAGGGAAAAAAAGUUUGGUUUCAAUGAAAACGGUAGGUCCACUGCGUUCACUUUUUUAACAGUGUUUACUCAAUGUUUAUUUGACCGGCGAAUUGGAAUAGUAUGGAGUUGAUGGUCUAGGAGUGCAUCUAUUCAAAUUCACCCAUCGAACGGAUGGUUGUUGAUUAUUUGAUUUCAUGAAUUAUAUGAUCAAGUUGAUGUGAAAGAUGGAACGCGUCCAACAA